GUGGGAGAGGGCGGACUAUGACGGGCCGGUUGCCGACCAAGCAGGCAUUCGUCGCCUCGCUGUGCAGCGCGUUUCUCGGUGCAUGUGAUGGCCGCGUGCGCGCUUCUCCUGCAGGCGCUCGCUUGCCUCUUGCUGGCGGCGGGGGUGCGCGCUGAGGUGCAGGCGGACUUUUCCCCGGAGUGCCGCCUGUUCAUGUACAUGGGGACCCCCCCGAGGGGGCUGGAGGACCACGGCCUGAAGAAGAUCUGCCAGCGCUACAACGGCAAGCCUCGCUACGUGACCCUGUACGACGUGGUGGACCACAUCCCCGUCUACUCCGCCUACACCUUCAAGAGGUCAGACGGCUCCAAGAAAGUGGACGUGCCGUGGAUGUAUGAGCCACAGCUCUCCACAGAGACAGGCUCUGGAGAAAUGCAGCCAUUUCCUCCGGACAGCCUGCACAAAAGUUUCGAGGAUGCCCAGGCGGUGCUGGAAGACUAUUCCAACACGGUGGACUUCGAGAGAGGCCACCUGAACCCCGACGAGCACCAGUCUCACCCGGACGACAAAGCGUCCACUUACACGCUCACCAACGUGGUGCCGCAGAUCCGCGAGUUCAACAUCGGCCUGUGGAAGCAGCACGAGCACACCAUCCGCCGCCGCCUCAACAACUACUGCCGCGGCACGGCCUACGUAGUGACCGGCGUCACCACGUCCGGCCACAUGAUCCGCAGGUACAACAUCGACCGGCUGGCCGUCCCCACCGUCCUGUGGUCAGCCUACUGCUGCGUCGACUACGACCACAACGCCCCGUUCGAGGAAAGAUCCAAGUUUCCGGCUUUCGCAUCUCGCGCGCUGAACGCCAAAAAGGGCUCGGAGGUGUACGAGAUCUCCGUCCAGGAGCUGGAAAACUUCCUCAAGCAGAACACCUUCGUGGACAAGAAGUUUCAGAUCUUCUACGAAGACUGUGUGCCCAAUAACGCCAUCAUGACGCCAUAAAACCUGCGCUUUACUCCAUUCAAAUGCGUACAUUAAUUCAUAUAAUCAAAAUAAAACAAAGCUUUUUAUUUCAUUUUUACAUUUUUUAAAAUACUAAAUGAACGCAGCCAAUGUCCUUUACAUUCUGUGAGAAUUUCAUGGUGAUUGAACCAAUAGAAGUGGUCAAAAAGUUCAUAUAAUAAGAAUAUGAAUAUGAAACAUUAGAUACAAUUUGGAUGAAAUAAAAGUAACAAAGUUCAAUUUUCUUUACACAGAAUGAGCGCAGCCACUGUCCUUUACAUUGUGUAAAAAUAUCACGAUGAUUGGACUGAUAGAAGUGGCCAAAAAAGUUAAUAUAAUCAAAAUAUGAAUAUGAAGCACUGGAAAUAAUUAGGAUAUAAUCAAAAUAACAAAGCUCAAUUUUUAAAUUUGAAUUUAAAUGUUUCUAUACAGAAUGAGCGCAGCCUCUGUCCUUUACAUUGUGUGAGAAUUUCAUGACGACUGACCCGACAGAGGUGGCCGAAAAAGUUAAUAUAAUCAGAAUAUGAGUAUGAGGCCUUGGAAAUAAUUUGGAUAUAAUCAAAAUAACAAAGCUCAAUUUUUUAAUUUGAAUUUAAAUUUUUUUACACAGAAUGAGCGCAGCCUCUGUCCUUUACUUUGUGUGAGAAUUUCAUGAUGAAUGGGCUGAUAGAAGUGGUCGAAAAAGUUAAUAUAAUCAGAAUAUGAGUAUGAGGCAUUGGAUAUAAUUCUGAUACAAUCAACAUAACAAAACUCAAUUAAAAUGUUUUUUUUCCCUACACAGUAUGAGUGCAGCUGUUGUCCUUUACAUUGUGUGAGGAUUUCAUGAUAUAUGGACCAAUAGAAGUGGUCAAAAAAGUACUUUAUUUAAACCCAUUGCUUUGACUUUCAUUGAAACGUCUAUAAGGUUUUGGAGACACGAAAUGUUACUUGGUUAAAAACACAAUUACUACAUAAAAUGUAAGAUUUUUACUUAAGUUAGCAAACUUACACAGAAAAAAAUAGAGUUUAUUUGUGUUGAAAUGAUGUACACAUUUGAAUUAAGUAAAUGAAAUGCAGCAGCUAUAUAAACAGCUGUUUAACAAGUUGGAAACACUUUUUCAGCUAAAAGUUUUGAUAUUGUAUAAUUAAAGCUCAUUUAGCUCAUUUAGGCUUGUAAUAUUAUAAGGUAAACAUCAGAUGAUAUUUCAUGUAUUCCAUAAAUUCACAUGCAAUAAGAAAUUAUGAACAGAUUAAGUAAUACAUUUUGAACAUCAUUAAUCAUCAAUUUACAGUACAUUUUUGCUAUUUUGCCUCAAAAGUUUGAUCACCAAAUAAACUUUCUGGGUAUUGACUUUACUUUAACCCCAUUUCUUCGUUUUUGUUUAGGUUUUUUGUGCUAAAUGUUUGAAAUAUUUAGAAAUGAUCUGAAUAAAAACUGGCGAUUCCAAACUUUUGAGUGGUAAUGUUUAUCUGAUUUGAUUGCUUCAAUUAAAGAUUGAUUAAUAUGUUUUCAGAUUUAUUACCAAUGACAAAGAAAUGAGGUUCAGUGCCAUGUAAUGCUAUAAUGCAGUAAUAUUUGAAGAAUAAGAUGCGUUAUAAAACGUGCAAAUGACAUAAUAAACUGUAUUUAUAUACACUUUA